AUGUUAUAUAAUUAUUAUACAAAACUUAAGUAAUUAUUAUCAUAAGAUACUCAUGAUUUGGAAGUAGAAACAAAUGAUUAAUUUAUAAGAAUAAUAGCUUCAGAAAAGAAAUGGGAAAAUGAUUAAUGGAAAGAGUUUGUAGAAAAUGUAGAAUUCUAGUACAUGGAUAGAAAUUAAGUUUUAUGUUAGAUAAAAAUGAAUUUUGAUGCAUCUUUAAGAGGGAUGAUUUAUCCAUGGAUUGCAAACAAAGCUGUACCUCCGCCUAUUGAUUAUAAAUUGUUCGCAUAAAAUCCUUGUGCUUAAGAUAAUGUUAUUUUCAGAGACAUUGAAAGAACUCAUUCUCACUUAGAAUUUUAUAAAAGUAAAAAAAAAUAAAGUAAAAAACAUGCUUAAAGAGCUUCUUAAUAAUUAGAUAGUAUCAAAUCAGUAAUCGACGAUAAGAUGUUAAAUGAAUUCUUUUCUUUAAAUUAAAAGAGAUUGUUUUAUUUACUAAGAGCUUAUGCAAAUUAAGAUCCGGGUAUUGGAUAUGUUUAAGGUAUGAAUUAUAUCAUGGGAUUACUUCUUUAUUUAUUAGAUGAUAAUAAUAACUUAUUUUCAGGAGAAAUGAAAGCCUAUCAAAUGUUUUUAUUUAUCAGUAUCAAAAUGAAUUGGUCGUAAACCUAUAAUAAAUCAAUGAAGAAGUUAAAAUCGAUGGUUUAACAUUUAGAGUUUUUAUUAAAGCAUAAUCUUCCAGAUCUACAUAAAAUAAUAUGUAAUUUGGAUUAACCAUUUAUAUUUUUUAUGGAUUAAUACUUUUUUGGAUUGAUGAGUUAUAAAACUCCAUUAGAGUUUUCAACUAAAAUUUUAGAUAUCUUCAUAAUAUAAGGAGAGCAAAUUAUUUUUGAAGUGCUUUUACGAGUUUUCACUCUUAAUAGAAAUGAGAUUAAAUAAUUAUAAGAUAAAGAUGAAUAAACUCAAUUUAUCAAAGAUAUACUUCCAAUAAGUAUUGAAAAAUUUGGAAUUUAAGCUCUAAUUCCUAAUUGUGAAAUAAUUAUUUGA